AUGGAACUGCACCCCCAACAUCAAGAAAUGUUAGCGGCCAAUUCUACAGCUACUGUCAAUGCUACACCUGAUGGACCUGUCCCGGUGACACAAGAGGAGCAAAAAAAUUCCUUCAUGACGGAGCAAGGUGAAUCUGCCUUGAUUUCACCUGAUGGAGAUGAAGACUCAGUUCAUUCCGCCGAUGAAGCCCUCGAUGAUCACCAAGUCUCGCCGGAGUCGCUUGACGUUCAUCUCCGGAAUAUUGCUGGAUUGACGGAAGAUGAAGAUAUAUUUGAUUCUAUUUGUGGUCAUGAGUUUUGUGAUGGCAUACUCUUCCUGCAGAUCUUAUGGAAGAACACCCACAAUUUUUGUUGUCCUUAAAAAGAAGCACUUGCACUUGAUGAUGAUAACGGGAACCACUUUUGGCGUGAGGCAAUGGAAAAAGAAAUUGCUUCCCUGGUUGCAAUGAAUUGCUUUGAUUUUCACUCGAGUGAUUACAAGCCUGGCCCAAAUUCUCAAUUUGCACUGCUGCGAAUGAUUCUUGAAGCAAAGCAAGAUGGGAGACGCAAAGGAAGAUUGGUUUGCGGAGGUCACCUUGUGGACCCACGAGGCAUCUUGACCCGGUCAACAGUUGUGAAGGGUGUCAGUGUCCGCCAUCUGGACAUGAUUGCCGAUCACUACGGUUUGACAAUUGUCCAUAGUGAUGUUGGUAAUGCAUUUAUUACCGCUAACUGCCAGGAAAAACCGAGAAAGCCCUCUAUGGGCUCCAAACUAGUUCAAAGACAUACAGAGAAACUUUUGCAGCGUUCAUGUGAACUAUUGGUUUCCAAUCGAGUCGCUAUGACCAUGAGGUCUGGAUGA